ACUCUUCCUUCCUUCCAUGGCGUCUACAUAAUAUUUCUUGAAGUUUCACAUAUUUCUUCUAAGCACAGACAACGCUGACCGUUGCACUAACAUCAUUUGUUGCAGCGGCCAACACGGUGUCGUUAGGCAUAAAUUACUCUGAAAUCGGACAAAAAUUCCCAGUAAUAUCCACCGUAAAUUUGGGAGGACAAAGCUGUGCACAAGCGGUAACCGGUAAAGGGGUGAUUUGGCACAGCCGCCUGGCGCGAUUUUGGCGUCUCAACACAGCGUAACUUUCUUCAUCUCCCCACCAUGGCCAUUGAGCCACUUCUCGCUUCACGCGCCCAAAAGGCCUUCAUCAUUACUAUUUCAUUUCAGGCCGUGGUAGUUCUUGUUAUGAUUGCGAUUGUGUUUAGACUGGUGGAGGACGAAGUCACGUUUACAGGCGGUUACAAGACGUUGCCAUGUUAUCUUGCGCUAUUUGCACUAGCAGAGAUUUUCGAGUUACUCAUGGCUUUCGAUGCUCUACGGUUGCGAAAUGUUAUACAACUUAUAGGGAUCCUGCUAUUUCACCUCGCCCUCAUUGUGUUCUCAGCACUGCAGGUGCACCAGACUAAGACCGCGCUAGUAACGCUCGAUGAUGCUACAUGCGCGGAAUCUUUUAAUGAAGUGAACUGUGACGGACCUGGUUCUCUAUGGCGACGAGUAGAGCCGUAUCUCAUCGUUACGCCUUGUGUCAUUGCGGCAUCGUGGCUCUCCAUACUAUUCUGGACAAAACAACUUUACGAAGAGUUCGGCUGGGCGAUCUUCCAUGUUGUCGGCGCCAAUCCAAAAAUGAAGACCAUGUACCAGUGGUAUCAGAUCAUGAUCUGCUUUCUGAAGUUCGAUUUCUUCUUCUUCACCGGUGUUACCAUGCAGCUUCUUAUUGUCGUCCUGUCUCGAAAUUCGGCCGAGUUUGCGAUCACCAUCACCGCCAUACCCAUAGUACUGAUCCUUCUCGGUCUAUGUGGUGUUGCGGUUCAGCGUGAGAUAAAAUGGAUCAUGACGAUAUCUCUGGUGAUGAUGUUGGCGGCAGAAAGCUAUUUUUACAAACUAGUACGAUUUUAUGAGCCCGCCUCCCGAGCUCAGUAUGCGACUACAAGGGCGACUUUGACCAUAUUCACCAUUGUCGCGUUUCUUAUGUUAUUUGCUACAUUCGCGGUUGGACUCCGUUGUUUCGCGGAUUUCGAGAAGGGGUUGAUGGAGUCCAAAGUCCACGGUCAGUCUUAUACGCCCGUUAAAAACCAUGUUAAGAUGCAAGCUCUCAACGGUGAUUCUGUUCCAGCUAUCUCUGACAAACAUAACUACUCACCGGGUGGCGAUUCUGCAGGCAUGGGUCAGCCACAGGGCUCAUAUCUCGGUGGAUCUGCGCUAGGACCGAGAAUUUCUAUCGAAUGAGAUUUUGCUUUUAAUCACAUAUUCGCUACGCAUCUACCACUUAUCUAUAAUUCGGCACUGUAACACAUACCCUGGUUUGAGAGCGCAAUUCUAGUUACGACACGGAUCAUGUAUACUUUUUAUUUUUCUGCGGCUCGUUGGGGCUUUGAAAUGGACA